AUGCAGUGUGAACUGCACAGGCAAGGGGUCAUCGGUUCCCGUUACAUGUACCUGCUAAAGGAAGCGAUCUCUCACUGCUUCACAAACGUCAUGCUAUUCCACGUCGUGAAGGACGUUGCCGUAGAAGGUGGAAGGAAGAGCUUACAUUGGGCCGAGCACGAAGCUCGGCUCACCGACGGGAAAUGGCCAACUGGUAUCAUUGCAGGCAGACUAGGCCGCUUGGCCGCCCACCGCGACGGUGGGAAGAUUAUAUCAGGAGCCGAAAAGGCCGGAUUUGGAAAAAAUGGUCGAAAAAGCGAGGAAUGA